UAGACGUGAGAAAGCGAGUAAGUGUGUUUGCGGGAAAGAAUGGAUUCGAUAAAAGAAUAGGAGAACAAUCGAGAAAUAAAACCGUUGUCAAUUUCUACGCGCCUAUUGGCACUAAAAGGUGAUCAACAUUACCAGAAGCAGAGGAUUCAGGAAACGUUAAAGAUAUAAAUAUUCGCCAGAAGUAUUUUCUUAAAGAGAAACUUUGAAGAUGGAUCAAGUUCGAACUGUUGUGGAUAGCAAUAUGGCUUUCAGAUAUUCUAAGAGUCUAAAUAAAGGAACCCGGCGUUACAUGGAAGAUAUCGCUCAAACUUGUCGAUCAAAUGACCCGGUCAAAGGAACUUUCUUCGCAAUUUUUGAUGGCCAUGGAGGCAAAAAUGCAGCUAGGUUUGCCGAGAGGCGUUUGUGGAGAACUCUAUCGAGUAUGGAUGCUUUUGAGAGUGAUGACCCAGAAAAAGUUAAAGGAGCGAUCAAAGAGGCUUUUCUCAAAACACAUUCAGAAAUGUGGGAUGUUAUUGAAAACUGGCCUAAGCGAAAAAAUGGAAUGCAGAGCACAUCCGGAACGACGGCUACCGUUGCUAUACUGCGAGGGAGGAAAUUGUACGUUGCGCAGCUUGGUGAUUCUGGUCUGGUUUUAGCUAAACGCAGGAAGAAUAGCACCACUGUGGAGGCACAUUAUAUAACUGCGGAGCAUAAACCUGACGCACCGGAGGAAAAAUCAAGAAUCAAUUCAUUAGGAGGGUGCGUUGCAACUGUUAAGGGUGUGGCGCGAGUAGUCUGGAAGCGGCCGAUACUAAGCGGCAGAACAAACGGAACACCUCGGCGUGGAGCGCAGUUCGAGCAUAUUCCAUUCCUGGCUGUCUCUCGUGCUCUUGGUGAUCUGUGGAGCUAUGAUCAAGAAAGGGGCGAAUACCUCGUAUCUCCCGAACCAGACGUUGAAUGUUUCGAUAUCAAAAAGGGUGAAGACUGGUUCAUGAUUCUAGCUUCAGAUGGUCUCUGGGGAAUUGUCGAUGCGCAAGAGGCUGUUGAUAUUGUUGCUGAUCACGAAAAUAAUGAUCAAGAGAACACGGACGCUGCCUCGAAUUUAAUUCAUAUGGCUUUGCAAAAGUGGUCUGGAAAAAAGGUUAAAUCUGACAAUAUCAGCACUAUUACAGUAUUUUUUGAUGAAGAGCCCAGACCCGGCGAAACUCCAUCGGAAGAGGACGACGACAGCUCGGGUUUUACGACUGUCCUUGAAGAAGAUGGCGAAGAAACACCACCCGAGGUACCUGUAAAGUCAGGUCUUCCGCAGCUUAAAAGGACAACCGAAAUACGAGUUGAGCUGGACGAUUUCGGCAAAUUUUGUUCCCAAGAAUCGACGGCGUAUAUCGAAACUGUUAUUUUUCAUACUUCGUCUAGGGGAAGUACCGAGCUGAUGGCUUCCGAUUCUUGCAACAUUUCGAACAUAAAAAGAAAGCUACCGUCAAGUUUGACCGGUCCAGUCACGACCGCCAAGCGCAGCCGAAGAACAUCGGAAUGUGGAAGUCCGGAAAGUCGAAACUUGUUAACUGAAGUUAGUUCUAAGUCUUUACAGUCGUUACAACUCGAUGCCGACCUUACUGGCAUUUCGCAAGUAGCCCGCGAUUUUUUGUAGCUAGUUUUCGUAGCUAAUUGUUUAAAUUAUUCGAAAUCGUCGCCAGCUUAAACAAAGGUUGCCCCCUACCCACCCAAAAGGUGACAUCUUUUGCAUUUCAAAGCUGCAUUUUUGAUUGCAUCUGACAACCCUUUGCGUUCAAAAAGUCUUAUCUGUCGGUUAAACAGUUCUGUUAUCAAAGGUAGCGUGAAUGUUUGAUGAAAAAACAUUGGUUUUGAGUUGUCAAUCAAAACAUAAUGCAAAAUAUAUUUCGAAUAACAAUUUAGCAUCUAAGGCCAUUGCAUCUUUUUUACUCAACAUCUGUAAAAUCGUUUCACAAUUGCUGGUACAUUUUCACAAGGGCUGUAUUUUUAUCACACGCUCAAGAAAUUCCUUUGAUGCAAAAAUUAGCUGAAGGCGUGUCACUAAAACAGUUAAAACGGGGAAUGAUUGUUUAGCACUAGUUUUAUGCGGUAAUUUGUAUUUUUAAAUUAAAUUGUUUAUGAUUUGUUUGUUCUCGCACUUAUAGUUAUUUGUGUCUGUUGAAAAUUCCAAACACAGAUGACUCCCAAUGUGUCUAUUACACAGGGGUUUGCGCAGAACACAUCAUGGGCAGUUUACGUUUUUAGGGAUUUUAAAUUAAUAUAGCGCAGCAUAGAUGCAUGUAAUAUAACUUGAUAGUUCAUCGACAUCGUUUGCUUCUUUUGAAGUAUUUCAACAUUAAUUCGCAUUUCGAUGUAAUUUUGCAUCUUUAUCGUACAGUUGUUUUAAUUUUAAGCAGACCUAGUCGGGAACCAAACCUCGUAGAUACUGCAUCUGGUAGAGAUCAUUGUCUAUAAGAUAGAAAGCAUUCUCGAUCGCUGUUGGCUUAACCAAAGUCCCACAGAAAUCGCAAAUACCGGAUCGCAAUGUACGAGGUUUGGUCUUUUAGUGAGCGAAUACAAAUCCAAGCUGUGAGCACCAUGCCUGCCCGUCACGCAGAUAUCGAAUAAAGUUUGAAUAAAGAUAUCGAAAUUUGGUUUUAUAAGUCAACCCAAGACCAGACCAUAUUUUAAAGCUCUGGAUUGGAUUUGUAUUCGUUAGAACACGCCUAGUCACGUUUAUUUUCAAUUUCACAAACAUUAGCCUUUUGUUUUCAUAGUAAUAUAAUUUUACUAGCCAUCGAAGCUAUUCCACUGUUUGCCAACAUAAAUGACUUUUGAUUCCAAAUCCAAAAUACAAAUUCUAUACAUCGUGGCGCAUAAAUUCACUACCAUUUUGACUUUACUGAGAUAAUGGCAGCAAGUCAGGAAGUCUUGUCACGUUCAGUGUUCUUUGAAGUUGUUUUUAAAUGUUUAAAUUUUUAUCUUUCUAACAGCUGUGGAUGGUGUGUAGAUUGAAAUUAAUAGAAACCAUGGCAACAAGGCCUUCCUAAGGAAACCCUAGCUUUGUAUUCUCUAACCCUAGCAAUCAUCGUUUAAAGCCUCGGUUUAACCGACCUCGGUUUGGCGAAUAGUACCCCUUGCUUUAGUUUACACCCAACCAAAUGCAGUUGCUGUUUCUGCAAGUUAAUAUUGGUAUCCGAAUCUCCUUGAUUUCCCGUGCUCAUGAGAACACUGCGAAAUUUCAUUGUAAAGGUCUCAAAAUACUUCAUUUGUGACAAUGCAGCGAAGUGUUAGGACAGAUUUCCAACUAGUUUUUGAUAUUUUUUACAUGUCUGAAGUAUAUUGGAGUGAACUAGAAGUAAUUGUUCGAUAUAAUAAGAUAUAAAGUAUAAUAUUUCAUGUAAUAUAGAAAAAUUGUACGUAUGUAAAUCUUUGUGGAGUGCACCUGGCCGAAAUUUCAUGUAAUUUAUUUGUAAUAUCACAGAUCAUGUUCAUGGGAAAUUUGA